AUGGCCUGCAAGUCUCUCAAGAAGCAUCGAUUGGCCGAGUCAGUCUCCUAUCCUGCCAAGCGCUUUUGCCUUUCUGACGGUGGACAGCAAUCUGGAUAUGGAUGGUCCGAUGAUCAAGGUCGCUGCAGGUAAAGGAAAGAACGUGAGAAUCAGCUACUUUCUUCCCCUUCCGUCCCUUUCGCUGACCUCCAUGACUAGCGCAAGAGCUUCGAUAUCCACAAGAGCCUUCUUCAAAAAUGUACCCAUUACUUUGAUGCCAAGUUGGAAUCCGACGCGGGCAAGAAGGGUGAGAUCGUCCUGAGCGAUGAAUGCGUCGACACAUUGGAGGCAUUCAAUACUUGGUUGUACUCCGGUGAGUAGUUUCUCUUCCGUUUAUCCACUGCAUACCUCCUUAUGCUAUCCUACGACAACUCACCUGGGUCCAUUUGCGAGAAGAGGCCUGAAAGGAACGAAACACUCCAAUUCGCUUCCUCUACGACUUGUCGCUGUAACGUAUGCAUCCAAUGCUAACAUCUUCGUGUGCCAAGGUGAAAUUGAGAGACCUCCAACCCAGGUUCUCUACAAAUCAAAGCCAUCUGCAAAGGAGUCGCAGAAAUUGGAGGUGGAUCUACGAGCUCGUUUUGAUGAUCGCAUCAGAAUCCUCACUGACCUCUAUAUCCUUGCGGAGAAGAUGGCCAUCAACGACCUAAUGAACAAGUGCAUGGAUGUCAUCCAAGAUGGCUUCUUCGAUUAUGGUACUGUCUUCGGUCCCGGUCAAAUCAGCAAGGUCUUCCUGAAGAGCAAGCCCGACUCCAAGCUACGUGAGCUCGUUGUUGCCGCCAAUGUCAUCCAUCUCGACCGUGGUUGUUCAACCCUCCGCGAAGAGCACAUGAUGCUUUCCAUGACCGUUCCUGGCUACUUCGACUACAUGCUCAAGUGGAUUGGCCGCAACUUCCAUCUGAUGGGUCGUCGCUUCGAAGAAGGAUAUGAGAUCUGUAAAAACCCACCCAGUGGUUUUACCGUCCUCAAUCGUGGACUUCUUUGCGCAUGUCAUUUUCAUGUGCAUGGUUCCGGCGAAGCUCACCACGGCCAUGAUGGCUGUGCUGUUCCUUUCAUGUCCUGCGAUCAUUGAGUACUGUUCGUGCAUGUACCGAUCACAUUUGUGCUUGGUGAGGCACUAGUGGUACCAGUGUCGGUUGAUAAAAAUAUUGCUUCACGCAUAAUACUCAAUUAGAUCUCAAGGGUCGAUGAGGAUUUUAGAUCUGCUUUGCAGGGGGGUUUCAAAGGAUAUGUACCUACUGGAGAUGGUAUUUGUGGGCUUUCGAUGGACAUGUAGCUUUUGCUUUACGACCUUGCUUCUUAUGAUACCUGGAUGCAAAAGGAUUUGCUUCCACACUAGAGAUUUGAAUGGAAUGAUGAU